GUGUGGUAGAUAAGGGAAAGGAGUGGAGUAUCAGAGGACUGUUAGAGACAAACCAUCGUACAGUCUACACAGUCUGGGGGGAAACAAGUAGGCUACAUGCUACAAAGAUGUUUUAUUUAUUUAUUAGUGUUGGUUGUUUACUGUCACGCUCCUAUACAGUAGGUGGCGGCAUGAACCUUAAACGUUGGUUUGUAGCCCGAUAAUAAAGCUAAAGAAGAAGACGAAAGAAUCCGCUACGUACGCAGUCAGUUGUUGAAACAGAAAUGGUGUGGAUGGUUGUUUCCUGCUGAGAACGAGCCCACAAUAUGUCAGGGCUGACCUGAUGACCGCAACGUCUGGCGACUUUGACGUGUUCCUCCACCGUCCCAGCUCUGUUGGGUAGGGCGGCUCUCCCUCUUACUGUCUGCUAAGGUUUUUUUUUUUUUUUUUUUUUUCUUCACAACAACGUGGGAUUGAUCUGUACCAGCCCUACAGAGACCCUCCGCCAACGCGCCGCAUUAAAAAAAAAAAAGGAACAAUGUAUUGCUUACAGUGGCUACUUCCGGUGUUGCUCAUCCCCAAGCCGCUGAACCCGGCGCUGUGGUUCAACCACUCCAUGUUUAUGGGCUUCUACCUGCUCAGCUUCUUGCUGGAGAGGAAGCCCUGCACCAUCUGUGCCUUGGUCUUCCUGGCCGCCCUCUUCCUCAUCUGCUACAGCUGCUGGGGCAACUGCUUCCUCUACCACUGCCAGGACGCCACGCUUCCAGACGCUGCCCACGACCCGGCUAUUAUCGGGACCUAGGAGAGAAAAAAAAGGGGGAGGGGGAUUCGAUAUCGGGGAGGCGGGGUGGAAAGGGUGAUGAGGCAUUGCUGGAGAAUGAUACUGCCAUAUUAAAGAGGGGAUAGGCUACACUUGGGGGGUGGGAGAACGGUGUAGAGGUGGUGAUGAAGGACUGCUGGAGGGGGAUACCGCAAAUAAAGAGAGCGCUCUGCCAAAGGCGUUUAUUGAAGAGAAGAGCCAGUUCUGAAAGGAUUGUGGGAGGCUGCUUUGCCAUGCUGUAAGACAGACAGACUUGAAUUUGGGAGGGGAGGAAGAGAUGUUGGAGGAGACGGGGGGGGGGGGGGGGGGGCACUUGAAAUGCUAAGGAAAGGAAAAUUUCACCUUCUGCAACUUUUGUAUUUUUUCUUUCAGCAUUUGAAUGAAAAUUAGAACAUAUAUCCACCACGUGUGACGUCUACCUAGAGCGACCACGGUUUUUCAGUAUUCUGGUUUCUUGUCUGAGACGUCACUUUCUCCAAAAACCUGCUAAAUCAUCUAUUCAGAGUGAAAACACCCUCCACCUCAAACUGCCAAAAGUAACGCAAUCCUGCUGAAAGCUCCAGGCCGAGUUGGAUGUUCCCAAGAUUCACUGGCAGCCACGCUUGCUUCUCCGUCCCAUACUGUUGCGGUCGUUGACGAGCUUUAUACGCCAGGUAGCGUUAAGAAAUAACUUGCCCCCCAAGCUCUAGAGAAAAGAGGGGCGACAUGUCUUUUACAGUCCAACCUGACCAAACUCUGUCGCCACUUUGGCUCUGCACACGUAAUGCUGUCCUCAACAAGGAGAGCACACAGACACUGGACAAUCGAUAACUAUGCUGUGAAUAACUUUCUUUGCCGCAUCUCCACACAAACGCAUAUCAGAAGGUGUAAUGAUGCUGAUUCCCACUGCGAUACAUCAACCAAUGUGUCCCUGAGCAAGACACUUAACCCCUAGUUGCUCCAGAGGUGUGUGACCUCUGAUAUGUAACAAUUGUAAGUCGCUUUGGAUAAAAGCGUCAGCUAAAUGACAUGCAAUGCAAUGCAUGCAAUGCAAUGCUGAGAAACUGUUCUGUUGUUCUACCCACAGUGCUCUGCAGCUACCCCUCUCUUUGUCUUCCUAGCUCCUCUUCCUCACCUCCAAAAUAAAUUUAUUUAGUUUUUCUUGUGCAUGGGUUGCUGUUAUUUUUUUACACACACACACACACACACUCGCUUUAAUUAAUUAAAACAAAAUGCUGAAAGUUUCCAAAGAGUAAAUACAUUUGGAUGUGUGUGUCUGUAGGGUGAAUGGAAGAAAAUGUAUUAUGUGCGACAGGUGUGUAUAUUUUGUGUUUGUGUGAUUAAGACAUGUUGAUUCGCAUAAAAGUGACAAUACACAAGGUUACAGAACAGUAGAUGGUCAGGUUUUUUUUUUUUUUAGUAUGAAUAAGCAAUACGGUGCUGGUUAAGAAAAUCGUAUCGAAUUCUGACAAGUUUAUUGGUAAUCAAAAGGGCAACACUGUCAUGUUUCCUUGUGUAUCACUGCUGUAAGUGUUAUGUUUAGCUGCCAGACGUGUGUGUAUGUGUGUGUGUGUGUGUCCUGUCACAGUACUGACCAUCCUCACUGCUACGUUCUUGCAUUGGUUUUAAUUUAAAUAAAGUUUUUCCUCUCAACGUUAAA